AUGGGCAAGAAGUGUGGCAGCGGGGGCGGCGUCCUUAUCACUGCGUUUCUGCAGUUGUGCAUUGGGAUAGUCCUGUUGGGAAUUUUUGAAGGAUACAAGGUGUACCGGAUAAAAUACUUUGACGGCCUGAUGGAGCAGUAUGAGGCGGCCGCUGCAAAGGCCCAGGCGGACGGCAAGCAAUUCAAUUGGGACCCCAACGUGCUGCGCGCCCAGGCCGCCAUCAGCAGCACCAGCCCCAUGGGGGUGGUCUGGUGGAUCAGCAUCGCGGGCAACAUCUUCUCAAUCUGCGGCCUGGCGGGAGUCAUCAACGCGCAGCGCGACCUGGUCACCGCCUACUUCGCCUGGAGCGCUGUCCAGAUGGUGGCUGGCGCCCAUUUCUUCAUCGACAUGAUCGUGGACACCACCGUGCGCUACGGCGGGGAGCCGCCGGGCCUGACAGGCUACGAGAAGGCCACUGCCUUCUUCCUGCUGCUGCAGGUCCUGCUGGCGGUGUGCGCGACUGCCCUGGCAAUGCGCGCGAUCGACGAAAUCAAGGUGAAGCAGCGGGAGGAGUACAGCCGCCUCACGACAAUCUCCACGCUGAAUGACACGCUUCAGGAUCCAAAGCAGCCCUCAAAAGACGAGAACUGGUGGCUCAGCGAGGGCGAAGAGGACUCCGGGGAGGAGCAGAGUGGUGGUGGCGAUGACGAGGAUGCUGCGGCACGGCGGCCGCUGCCUCCAGAGCAGGCGGAUCCCUUUUAUGAUCCCGCAGCGGAUGACGAGGACGCAAAGUGGGUUGCUGCAAAACGGCAGGGGCGCGCCACCGACGCGAUUCUCUCCUGCCCCGGCUGCUUCACCACCGUCUGCAUGGAGUGCCAGCAGCAUGCGGUUCUGCACACCCAGUACCGCGCGGUCUUCACCAUGAACUGCAGCGCGAAGUCUGAGGCGCACAUCAGAGUCCCCACCCAGCGCGGCAGCGGCGGCGCGAGCAGUGGUGGCGGCGGCAGGAAGCGGAAAGGCCCGGAGGAGGGCGGCAGCAGCGGCGCUGGCGGCGGUGGGGUCGGGGGCGUGGAUGGCGAGGUGAUGUACCCUGUGUACUGCGAUGUGUGCGAGACGCAGGUCGGGGCGCAGGACUCUGACGAGGUGGUCCACUUCUACCACGUGCUAGCCAGCAAUCCAUGA